CUUUGAAGAUUAGGUAGAAAGCGAAAGUAUCUGUAGCUUCGGAUGCUUCAGCUAUGGCGGCCGAGAAUCCUUCAAACGGUGUAGACGUCGACACGAGUCUCGCUUCCCAUUCAAACGAUAACCCCAAAGCCAAUGUUUUGACCAAUCAUGACUCUUCCAUGGCGUUGACAAUCCCUUCCACCGCCGUUUGUCUCGGCCGUUUCGCCGGAGAUGCAGCAGGCGGCGCCGUCAUGGGGUCUAUAUUCGGCUAUGGUUCUGGAUUGUUUAAGAAGAAAGGAUUUAAGGGAUCAUUUGCGGAUGCCGGUCAGUCUGCAAAGGUGUGUGUAAAAUUUUAAAUCUUUAAAAUUUGUUGAGUACGAGCUGUUGUUAUAUAUA